UCUAUCUAUCUAUCUAUCCAUCUCUUUCACUAUAUAUUAUAACCCACAAAAUUUGAUAGAAAUAUUAAAGCCCUCUUUGCUUUGAAGAUUGAUCAUCAUUGAAAACAUGGAUUGUGGUGGUAGUGAUGAAAAUAAUCAACAAAGAGGUGGGCCUUGUGGAGCUUGCAAGUUCUUGAGAAGGAAGUGUGUGAAAGGAUGCAUAUUUGCACCAUACUUUGACUCAGAGCAAGGAACUUCACACUUUGCUGCGGUGCAUAAGGUUUUUGGUGCAAGCAAUGCAUCUAAGCUUCUCAUGAGGAUCCCUCCACAUAAGAGGCUUGAUGCUGUUCUCACUCUUUCUUAUGAGGCUCUUUCUAGGGUUAGAGACCCUGUUUAUGGUUGUGUUGCUCAUAUCUUUGCUCUUCAACAACAGGUUGUGAACUUGCAAGCAGAAUUAACAUAUGUUCAGGCCCGUCUUGCUACAAUGCAUCGCAUCCCUAUAGCUGCUGCUGCUGCUUCACCACCAACUCUUCAUUCAUCAUCAUCCUUAGAUCCCUUGGCAUCAUCAAAUGCUGACUUGCAAAAUGCCUCUAAUAACAUGUGCAUGAACUUUGAUCCUUCUCCUCAGCCACCACCACACUCAACACCAUUAGUAUCGAGCAGCUUCAUCAACUCAUCAGAUGAACCACCACCACCACUACUACUUGAGGAUGGGGAUCUUCAAACUUUGGCAAGAGAAUUUGUCUCUAGGUACUUGCCCGGAGUAAGAUUCCAGCCAUCUAAUAAUUCUCACUAAGAUGCCAAUGCUUUUGUUUCUAUCAAUGUCUAAGGGAAUCACAACUUGGCUUGAUUUGGUGGUUGCUAAUACUACCAUGGUUAGAGAUGUACUAGUGCAGAGAUGAAUACUUUCUAACAUGAAGGAUUAUGUUUAUGUAAUUACAAGAUUGGUGGCUUCACACCUUUUUAUUUGUCUAAGUACU